GCUCCGAUGGAGCGGUACAAAGCCCUGGAGCAGCUGCUGACAGAGCUGGACGAUUUCCUCAAGAUCCUGGACCAGGAGAACCUGAGCAGCGCAGCCGUGGUGAAGAAGAGCUGCCUGUCUGAGCUCCUCCGGGUCUACACCAAAGGCAGCAGUUCUGAUGAGGAGUACAUUUAUAUGAACAAAGUGACCGUCAACAAGCAACAGGAUGCUGAGUCUCAAGACAAAGUGCCCGAGGAGCAGGGCCCACUCACCAACGGGGAGCCCAGCCAGCACUCCUCAGCCCCUCAGAAGAGCCUUCCGGAGCUCCCGCCACCCAAGAUAAUUCCAGAGCGGAAACAGCUUGCCAUCCCAAAGAUCGAGUCUCCAGAGGGUUACUACGAAGAGGCUGAGCCUUAUGACACGUCCCUCAAUGGUCAUUCUGGCAGAUUUCUCCCCACUGGAGUCCCCAGAUGGGUGCAGGUGCCUGAAGGAGUCAUUUACGCCACAAUCACCUUGGAGGACGGAGAGGCCGUGAGCAGCUCCUAUGAGUCCUACGAUGAAGAGGACAGCGGUAAGGGCAGGUUGGCUCCCUACCAAUGGCCCUCACCUGAGGCCAGCAUCGAGCUGAUGCGUGACGCCCGCAUCUGUGCCUUCCUGUGGCGCAAGAAGUGGCUGGGGCAGUGGGCCAAGCAGCUCUGCGUCAUCAAGGACACUCGGCUCCUGUGCUAUAAAUCCUCCAAGGACCAUAGCCCUCAGCUGGAUGUGAACUUGCUGGGCAGCAGUGUCAUCCAUAAGGAGAAGCAAGUGCGCAAGAAGGAGCACAAGCUGAAGAUCACGCCCAUGAACGCUGACGUGAUCGUGCUGGGCCUGCAGAGCAAGGACCAGGCUGAGCAGUGGCUCAGGGUCAUCCAGGAGGUGAGUGGCCUGCCUUCUGAAGGAGUAUCCGAGGGAAACCAAUAUGCCCCAGAUGCCCAGCGCCUUAACUGUCAGAAACCAGAUAUAGCUGAGAAGUACCUGUCAGCCUCAGAGUAUGGGAGCUCCACAGACAGCCACCAGGAGGUCCCAGAAACCAAAGAUGUCAAGAAGAAAUGUUCUGCUGGCCUCAAACUAAGCAACCUGAUGAACCUGGGCAGGAAGAAGUCCACCUCGCUGGAGCCUCCGGAGAGGUCCUUUGAGACAUCCAGUUACCUGAACGUGCUGGUGAAUAGCCAGUGGAAGUCUCGCUGGUGCUCUGUCAGGGACAAUCACCUGCAUUUCUACCAGGACCGGAACCGAAGCAAGGUGGCCCAGCAGCCCCUCAGCCUGAUGGGCUGUGAGGUGGUCCCGGACCCGAGCCCCGACCACCUCUACUCCUUCCGAAUCAUCCACAAGGGCGAGGAGCUGGCCAAGCUCGAGGCUAAGUCUUCUGAGGAAAUGGGCCACUGGCUGGGCCUCCUGCUCUCUGAGUCAGGUUCUAGGACAGACCCCGAGGAGUUCACCUACGACUACGUGGACGCCAAUAGGGUUUCCUGUAUUGUGAGUGCGGCAAAAAACUCUCUCUUACUGAUGCAGAGAAAGUUCUCAGAGCCCAACACUUACAUUGAUGGCCUGCCCGGCCAAGCCCGCCAGGAGGAGCUGUAUGACGAUGUGGAGCUGUCAGAGCUGACAGCAGUGGUAGAGCCUGCCGAGGAAGCCACCCCUGCCACAGACGGCCCAAGUGAGAGUGAACCUGACCGAGUGUACCUGGACCUCACACCCAUCAAGUCAUUUCUGCACAGCCCCAGCGGUGUGCAGACCCAGACCUCCUCCCCACCGGUGGUGGCCUACCUGGACAGUAUGGCCGAGGCCCUCCCUACAGAUCCAGGCCCUGGCCCCACCCCUGCUGAGCCCUGUGUAAAGUCUUCAGAGAUCCCAGAGGAGCAGCUGGAGAGCCCAGAGCCUGAGGAGCCUUCCCCAAGAAACACCACCGUCAAAAUCAACACUGAACAGCAGAAAAUCUCCUUCCCACUUAGCUGCCCUGACACUGUGGUGGCUACCCCAGCUGGCAGCAGCCCACCUGUGAAGGACAGGUUGAGGGCACCCACUGCAGAGAUCAAACUUGGCAAGAAUCGAACAGAAGCUGAGGUGAGGCGGUACACAGAGGAGAAAGAGAGACUGGAGAAGAAGAAGGAAGAAAUCCGGGGGCACCUGGCUCAGCUCCGGAAGGAGAAACGAGAGCUAAAAGAGACCCUGCUAAAAUGUACUGACAAGGGAGCUGUGGCCAGCCUGGAGCAGAAGCUGAGGGAAAUCGAUGAGGAGUGCCGGGUGGAGGAGAGCAGGCGUGUGGACCUUGAGCUCAACAUCGUGGAGGUGAAGGACAACCUGAAGAAGGCUGAGGCGGGGCCCGUGACGCUGGGCACCACGGUGGACACCACCCACCUGGAGAACGUGAGCCCCCGCCCUAAAGCUGCCACCCCCAUGCCCACCCCCGAUUGCACCCCAGUCAACUCUGCAACCACACUCAAGAACAGGCCUCUCUCGGUCAUGGUCACAGGCAAAGGCACGGUCCUCCAGAAGGCCAAGGAAUGGGAGAAGAAGGGAGCAAGUUAGGAAACAAGCUUUGGCUAAAGACUCUCACGCCAACAUGGACCUUGGUGACAAUCCUGUUUCAUUAAAGCAGCAAGUCUGUGAAAGGGUGAGUCUGUUCAGAAGAAAGAGAACUGAGGUACUAUGAAUGGAGAGCUCUGGCUAAGAAGAAAUUCUGAAAUAAUACAACAAAAAAAGAAGGCUUCUUUGGGGAAUGAAGUCUGUUGGGUGUAAAUAAGACAUUGUUGUAUUAUGGCUUUAUCAAGGUUUUUAAGGAAUGAAAAGCUUGUGACAUUUAGAUAUGGGUGGAAGAGAAAUCAAAGUGACAGGGCCCUGUCCUAGGGGUCAUGUGGCUUUGAUGAGUAGGAAGCUCUAAACUCCUGACCAGCAUCUCCUGUCCAAUACUUAGCAGUGCUGAGGGUUGAACCGUCCUUGCCUUCAGAUUUGUUCUCUCCGAUAUUGGCAGGUCCACCUCAGUCUUUGGUGAUUUUUAAACAGCCUUGUAAAACCACUUAUGACAUGAUUUACAGAAACACCUAAAUAUUUGGGACCAAGCUAAGGCACGGACCCCACUAAGUUAAGGACUUUUUUUCCCAGUCCAAGGCAGGCCUGAAUCAACUGCCUUUAAAUUUUAAAUGAUGCUGUAUUAUAUAAGAAAAAAAGUUUAAAAUCCUAUUUAGA